AUGGAAUUGCUUCCUGAAGGCCAACAGAACCAAGUCGAGGUUCUUUUCUCUGAUCAGCAAAAGAUCAACGAAUUCUCAAAACUAAUCCAAAGAAAGGACAAAUUAACCAGUAUAUUAGAGAAACAAAACCAGGAAAAGGAAUAUCUGGAUGAUGUAUCUAUGGAGAUUGAGCUUUUGGACGAGGACGAACUGGUGAAUUACAAGAUCUCUAGUGCAUUUGUAAAGCUGAGACAAGAGGAGGUUGUUGAAAGGUUAGAGAAGGAUACACAGCUUGUUGAGACGGAGAUUGAAGCGUUACAAGACAAGCUCAGUACCAUAGAAUCGAGACUCUCUGAGUUGAAGACCGAUUUGUAUACAAAGUUCGGCAAAAAUAUCAACCUGGAGCGUUGA